AACCGCAUUUUCCGGUUUUCCUUCUUAAUGCUUUCUGUGUUAUAGGAAUUCGGUAUUAGUUUCUCAUGUUCAUGUUCUGGAUUAUUGGUAAAACAAUGGGGACCGUCGAUCGUCAUCACAGAGUAUCCGUGUGCGCCACGCUAACAGUGAACUGAUCAUUAGUAUCGCGAUCAAGAGAAAGAGAAGAAAACAAUCAGCGAGCUUUCAUUGUAAGAAAGCAACUUGAUCUGGGGUGCGCACGCGUUUUGGAGUCUUUCUGUUGGACUUCCUUGGAUAUCCAUAUAGUUAACUUUCUCGGAAAUAUACCUUUUUCAUUUUGUGGUCCAAAAUGCCACAGACAACUCCAUAUUCAAGCAAGUUCAACCCUAGCACUUACAGCAGCAGUCAUAGUCACCGCCAGCCUGUGGAGGAGAACUAUGGAGGCCUGCACUACCGUGAUAAUAAGCUUGUGUCUGGCUCUCUGGAAGCCCUGAUACAGCUCUUAGUCCCGACUGUGGACUAUUACCCUGACAGAUCAUACAUUUUCACCUUCCUGCUAACCUCCCGUCUCUUCCUGCAUCCGUUUGAGCUCAUGUCUCGUGUCUGUUACCUCUGUGUGGACCAUCACAGGGUUGGCGACCCACAGACAGAUAAGAAGAGAAUACGGGAAAUAGCACCGAAAAUCGUGCAGCUGCUCACAGAAUGGACUGAGACCUUUCCGUAUGACUUCAGGGAUGAGCGCAUGAUGCGCAGCCUCAAAGAGAUGACCCAUCGUCUUGCCUUCGGAGAUGAGCUCUCACGGAGGGCCAUGCAGAGACUCAUUCAGCGCCUCUUACGCAAACUGACCACCCUCGGACAGUACGAAGAGUCUCUGGCGACAUCCAGCGCCACUGCCGCCGCCAUGGACAGACCGCUCGCCCUCAAGUCCAAACAGCAGUUAGUACGCAGAGACGAGUGCGUUUUGAACCUAUGCGAUGACCCUUUUGUCUUUGCCCAACAGCUGACGCACAUUGAGAUGGAGCGACUCAGUUAUAUUGGCCCUGAAGAAUUCGUUCGAGCGUUUGCUAAGAAAAGACCCUCGGACAACCAUAAGAGUUUCUUCAGCAAAAGAAAAGCAAGUAACCUGGAGGCUUAUGUUGAAUGGUUCAACAGACUGACCUACCUGAUAGCCACAGAAAUUUGCAUGCCGGUGAAGAAGAAACACAGAGCAAGAGUGCUGGAGUUCUUUAUAGACGUGGCACAGGAAUGCUUCAACAUUGGCAACUUCAACUCAUUAAUGGCUAUUAUUACUGGAAUGAACAUGAACCCUGUAUCCAGACUGAAGAAAACCUGGAAUAAAGUCAACACAGACAAGUUUGACAUCCUGGUGCACCAAAUGGACCCAUCUAGCAACUUCUACAGCUACCGCACUGCAUUGCGUGGAGCGACUCAGAGGUCUAGUACAGCACACACAAGCCAAGAAAUGAUUGUCAUCCCCUUCUUUAGCUUGUUCAUAAAGGAUAUCUACUUCCUGAAUGAAGGAUGUGUCAAUAGAUUAACUAACGGCCACAUCAAUUUUGAGAAAUUUUGGGAGUUGGCCAAGCAAGUGAGUGAGUUUCUGUCCUGGAGGCAGGUGAUCUGUCCUUUUGAGAGGGACAGGAAAACCCUGCAGUAUCUCAUCAGCGCACCAGUGUUCACUGAAGAUGAGCUCCAGCUCGCUUCAUAUGAGAGUGAAGGUCCUGAAAACAAUCUGGAGCGGGACACCCGCCGUUCACUCAGGUCGUCUCUCAGUAGAAUGUGAACGGUGAAUUUGGGAUCGUGUCCUCACACAAGGACUGAUGGCACUGAAGACUUUGAAGGACUUUUCUAAUCAUUUCACUUUUCUGUGGUUUCAUCGCUGAAAUUGAGGCUGGAUUCUCAUUGUGACAGUAACACUAUGCUAAAGGAAACAUACUCAUCUCAUUUACCUCAAGUACCUUAAUGAAAUGUGUUAUUAACAUGCUAUAGAUCUCCUGGGUGAAUUAAGAGCAUGUCGCUGGCUGACCUGUUCUACUAUUACAUUUAGGUUUUUUUUUUGCUUUUUGGUAAGUGGUAUUAAUAGUUUGUGUACUGGACAUAUUUGAACAAUAUUAAGAAAAGAUAUUUUUAUGUGUAUUAUAGUUUCAUGUGAUCACUGUGUAUGUUUCCCUAUAAAUGAUGUCUGAAUUAAGCUGA